ACGGCGGUCUGUCCAGUGGAAGAGUGGACAUCCACAUCGCGCACAUCCCUCUUUCGGACCUACUUUUAAAAAAGUGCUUUUUCAACCACGCUUCACUCCACAUCAUGGUCGUUUUAUAGCACCUUCCAACCCGGACACACACGAAUGAGCAUUUUGCGCUAAUUGAGAGUCUCGUGCCACACUCUUUGUGUCUGUGGAAUUUACAACAAGCAAAGAUAUAAACCAAAGAGGAGGAAUCUAUCCAUUACUGGACAGGAGAAACAACGAUGACGUUGUCAAGGAGAAGAUUGCUGGUCAACUUUUGUCACAUAUAGUCACACCCUUCAUUAGGGCGGCUUUCAUGCAAAAGUAUUUGUAAACAACAUAAUCUGCAGCUUCUCAUUAAGUGAGUUUGGCAGUGGUACCCACUUUAACUUAAUUUCUAUGCAAACAACUUGCCAAGUUGUUAAACAGUAAAACAGGACUUCAUCAGAAUGUAUUUGUUGUAGGCCCAAAUAUUUAUGACCUUAACUCCACAGUUUGUAAAAGUUUAAGCUUUGUAAUCAUUGACGUUUAGAUUUUUUUUUUUUUAAUCUCCAGUGGACAUCACCAUCAUUUUUCUUGGACGCUUUCAUCUGCUUGCGUCCCUCUGGCAGCCUGCCAUUUGGCCAAGCUCAUCUCUCAGUCCACUUUACCCCCCGUCUUCCUUUCCACAAAAACGGUCCGCUGAGAGGCUUCAACCUGGCGGGCACCAUUCCAGUCAAGGGGGAAGAGGACUUCCUGACGCUGGCCGCUUCCCGGCUUAGCCGUAGGAAACGUGUAAUCGGAGCGGCCGUAGGCGUAGCCAUGGUUCUCAUUCUGCUGGUGGCCAUUCCCCUGCUGGUCCACACAACCAAAGGAGGGAAAACACGAAGUGGCGGCAGCCAUUAUGAAAUGCUGGGAAGCUGCAGGAUGGUUUGUGAUCCUUACGCCACCUCACAGUCAGGCCAGGAGUUGACAGCUGUGUCUCCGCCGCCCCAGGAUUACUCUGGGAAGAAGAUCAAGUCAGGCAUACGGGGACCUCCGGGAAUCCCCGGCCCCAUAGGAGCACGUGGGCCCCCUGGGGAGCCAGGCAAGCCAGGGCCGCAAGGUCCGCCAGGUCCAGGUCCUGGUGGCUACUCUCCCUCCCUCUACACUCCCAAAAUUGCCUUUUACGCAGGGCUCCGCAAGCAGCACGAGGGCAGUGAGAUACUGAAGUUUGACGACGUAGUAACCAACGUAGGCAACUACUACGAGCCCAGCACUGGCAAGUUUACCUGUCCACUGCCUGGCAUUUACUUUUUCACCUACCAUGUGCUCAUGAGAGGUGGGGACGGCACCAGCAUGUGGGCGGACCUGAAGAAGAACGGACUGGUAAGAGCCAGCGCCAUCGCUCAGGACGCCGAUCAGAAUUACGACUACGCCUCCAACAGUGUGAUCCUGCACUUGGACGUGGGCGACGAGGUGUGUGUGCAGCUGGACGGCGGCAAGGUCCACGGAGGCAACACAAACAAGUACAGCACCUUCUCUGGCUUCCUCAUCUACCCAGACUGAGAGCGAGCGUGCAUCACAAAUACACACGUCCAUGCAGACCUCAACACAUGAUGUACACGCGUGCGUGCAUGCAAACACACACACACACACACACGGUCAUUAACAAACACAAUAAAAGGGAAACUAACAAUUAGUGGAUUCAUAUGAGCGACAUUUAACCUCUUCUGUGUGUACCUUGUGGCUCUGAAAUCUCCAAAAAUAUUGCAAUGUGAUCCAUAUGAACUUCAAUUAUUUGUUAUGCAAUAUUUGUGUUGGCAUUAAUCAUGAGAAACGCUGCAUUCGGUUUGUUUGAAGAGUUCUGCUUUUUCAUAUCGAUCACCUGAUCAAAUGAGUUACCUGGCCUCAACAUUAGGUACACCUCCAUAACCCAAUAAGAUCAAAUACGAGAGCUCUAAUAAAAAUGCACGACAACGACAUUAAUGCUCACUUGUGAAAGUUGUUGUUUGCAGUGGAGUACAAUGCCAUUUGAAAAUAUUAGGAACAUGUGUGUUCAAUUUGCAUCUCCUUCACUGUGCAAAGUUAAAAUCUUGCAGUGGACCUUAUUGGACUGUGCAGGUGUACCUAAAGCUGUGAUUUGUUGUGCUUUUGUUUUUUUUACAAAACAAUCCUUAUCUUGUUCAUUUGGGCUAUUUUAAAAACCAAAAAGAAUCGACUUUCUUCUCUUUUAUAAUUCCAGUUGUGUGAUGAAUGCAUUGUUUACAAAAUGUGUGUGUAUGAGUGGGUGAAGUAUUUACAUGAUUUAAGGACCGACCCAUAAUAAAUGUUGUACAGUACAUUACGCCGACAUGUUAUUUUUGAGGGAUUUCAUCAUGUUAUAUAUAUAUAUAUAUAUACACGGUAUAAAAAGGCUCAGCUGCCUGCUACGUUGAACAGGUUGGGUAAACAAUUGCUAUUAAAUGAUC